AUGGCUGACCAGUUGAAGCUCAUCGCGCCGAUUCUGAAGCGUGCGCAGGAGUUGGACGCGGCGAAACCGAAAAUUGCGUAUUACUGCCGCAUGCAUGCCGUGCGCGAGGGGCUGAAACUCGAUUAUCGCUCGGCGGAGGUUAACGAGGCGCUGUCGGACGCCAUGGAACGGCUCGAGCGCGCCAAGGCGAAGAUGAAAGACGAACUGAACGAGGAACACGAUGAGCUGGAGUGCGAGUCGUUCGCUUUGCAAAUAUUCGUAAAGGCCGAUCGGGCCGAUCGGGGUGGCUCGCGAGGGAUGAACACGGCAAAAAUGUUUUACGCGUCAUCAAUCUUCUUCAACGUUUUGCGACAGUUUGACGCCGACGGGAAAUUGGACGCAGAUAUAGAGAACAAGCAGCGGUACGCGGAGUGGCGUGCGGCGGAGAUAACGAAAGCGUGUAGAGAGGGUCGAAAUGCGACCGCACCGCCAGUAGAUGAUGAGGGCGAAGAGCGAAGCGAGAUAGGCGUCGAGGCGGAGGCGUCGUCGGCGGAGCCAGAGGUGGAAUUGCCGCCGGCGCCGAGGCAUCAACCGCCGCCGCCGCCACCUCCACCGCCACACGUGGCCAGUGGACCACCAGCUGGUGUAAACACGGGCGCCCCAUCGAAGGCUACGAGCAAAACGCCGGUGGUUCGAGGCGGUCGAGCGCCGCCUGGGGUCACACCGCCGAAGAUCGACGUUGGAAGCAUCGCCGACGCGCAGCGACACGCAAAGAAUGCGGUAAGCGCGUUGGGUUUCGACGACGUGAACACCGCGGUGGAGGCGUUAGAGCGAGCGUUGAACAUUCUAGGACCGCUGGCGGCGAAAAAGUAG